AUGACCUCAUCAAGAUCGGACUCGUCAAGACCCACCGUCGUCGUCAUCGGCGCCGGAAUCAUCGGCCUCGCAUGUGCCAUCAAGCUGCAGGAUAAACUCGCCAGUUUCGGUCCCGUCCAAGUCCUCCUCGUCGCCCGCGAAUGGCCAGCCUCGUUCCCCGGCGCGCCGUCGAUGCAUUCGGUUGACUACGCCUCCAUGUGGGCGGGAGCCCAUGUCCGGCCCAUUCCUGCCACCACGCCCCAGCUGCAGUCCGAGGCACGGUGGCUGAAGCAGGCGGCCGUCGAGUUUCGCCGACAGGUCGCGGCCGAGCCGUGGUGCGGUGUGACCUGCACCAUGGCGGUCGAGCAUCUCGAGGCGCCCGAUCAGGGAUACCGAAACCAAGACGAGACGAGUUUUGCGAGGGAGAGCGGCCUCCGAGGAUAUCGAAAACUGCCGCCUUCCAAACUCCCCGAUGGCGUCGUCCUGGGCUACGAGUAUGAAACGUACUGCAUCAACUCGCCCGUCUACUGCGGGCACCUGUUGCGAAGGUUUCUGCUCCGAGGGGGAAAGACGAUGCGGAGGGUGCUGAAGAGCGAGUGGGAAGCAUUCAGCCUGCGAGAAAAUACCCUUUUCGUCGUCAACGCCAGCGGUGUUGGCUUUGGCGACCCGAAGAGCUUUCCUACCCGAGGCCAAACCGUCGUGACCGACCUUGCCCACGUCAAAAAGACGGUGACGAGGCAAAACAAGGAUGGCACCUGGAGUUUCCUCAUCCCGCGGUUCUUCGACGGCGGCACCGUCGUCGGCGGGACGAAAGAGCCUGGCGAUUGGCGCGUGGAACCAGACCUUGCGACGAGAAAUCGCUUGCUCGUCGCCGCGCUCAACGUGGAGCCCUUCUCCCACGACGAAAAGUCGAGAGGAAAAUGUGACAUCGAGAGGGUCGGGGUCAUAUCCGACGUCGUCGGCCGCAGACCCACGCGCGAAGGCGGCAUGCGACUUGAAGUCGAGGAACGCGCCGUCGUCAACCAGGGCAAGGGCCUGAACGGCCACGUAGUUCAUGCGUAUGGUGCCGGCGGUCGGGGCUAUGAGAUUUGUUGGGGCGUGGCCAACGAAGUAGUCGCACUGGCCUCGCCUUUGCUGCAGGCGAAGAUGAGCUCGAGGGCGAAACUAUAG